UAGAAGAUCUUUGGUACAGUACCGCGACGCUCCCGGCUGCGCGGACCCGAAUCGUGGAGUGUGACCUCUUCCCGGCACAAACUGCUUUCCCGGCGUCCAUUUAUGAGUUAAAUUGACUUUAUAACCCAUCAGAAGACAACAGUAUGGAUUUACAGCUUUAAUUUUAAAGGACAUACACCCGUUUUUUUUGUUUUUUUUUUUGUUUUUACCGACCCAGUGAACGGGAACAUCAACUUUGCAAUGCCUCGAAUAUUUGUAAAGUGUUAGCUAGCUAAAGUUGUUAGCUUAACCGGUGAACUUGUCAACAUCGUAGAUACUGAUGGAGGAUGUUGGCGAAGCCUCUCCCGAGGUCCAGACUGUUUCCUCUGAUGUUCCGACAAGACCAAACACAGAACUGAAGAAACUGCUGCUUUUUAAAGUUUACAAGAGGAGGUGGUUUGUUCUGCUGGUGUUGUGUCUGUUAAACUGCUCCAACGCAACGAUAUGGCUGACCUUUGCACCAGUAGCGGACCAGUCUGCCCAGUUUCUGAAGGUCACUCUCGAGGAAAUCAACUGGUUGUCACUGGUCUACAUGGUGGUGGCCAUACCGCUCAGCUUUGGAACCACAUGGAUGCUGGACACCCUUGGGCUACGGAUCACGCUGAUUCUGGGAUCCUGGCUGAACAUGCUCGGAGCCCUGCUGCGCUUCUGCGGGACACCGCCGGGCCAAGAUUUUACAAUCCUCUUCCCUGUAGUGAUGUUGGGUCAGACACUUGGUGCCCUGGCUCAGCCCCUCAUCAUUUUCACCCCCACCAAGCUGGCAGCUCUCUGGUUCCCUGAACACCAGCGCGCCACAGCUAACAUGAUUGCCUCUAUGUCCAAUCCCCUGGGGAUCCUCCUCGCUAACAUCAUCUCUCCCUGGAUGGCUGAAAAAUCUGCACAGAUCCCAGCCCUGCUGCUUGUCUAUGCGGUCCCGGCCUGCAUCAUCUGUUUCCUAGCAACAGUGGGGAUACGGAGCAGUGCCCCCCCCACGCCGCCAUCAGCCAGUGCUGAGUCGUCCAGCUCCGAGCCGUUCGUACAGGGGAUCAAACUGUUACUGAAGAACAAAGCCUACCUCGUCCUGCUGCUGUGCUUCGGUUCGGGCAUUGCUGUUUUCACCUGCUUCUCCACACUGCUGGAGCAGAUCCUGUGUGUGCAAGGAUACACCAAUGACUUUGCUGGCGUUUGUGGCGCUCUCUUCAUCGUGUUUGGCAUCGUGGGCGCCGGCCUUCUGGGUCUCUACGUCGACAAGACCAAGAAGUUCAUCGAAGCCACAAAGAUCAACAUGAGCUUCACUGCUCUCGCAUGCAUCGCCUUCUCAGUGGUGUCUCUGAUGCGGGAGCAGAAAGCCGCCGUGGCCGCCGUCUGUUCUCUUUUUGGCUUUUUCGGUUUCUCCAUUUACCCGGUGGCCAUGGAGCUGUCUGUGGAGUGUUCGUAUCCCGUCGGAGAAGCCACAUCAGCCGGACUCAUCUUCGUCUCGGGGCAGGUUCAGUCUGUUCUCUACAUAAUCCUCCUUCAGGCUUUAACCAAACCGCUCGCAGACACUCCUCUGUCAACCUGCGGGAAUGCAGUCCUGAGCUGGAGGGAGCCCAUGCUGGUGAUGGCAGGACUGUGCAGUUUGUUCACAUGCUGCUUCGUGAUCUUCUUCCACACACGAUACAGACGACUGGAGGCAGAGGAACAAGCGACUUACGGGACCAAACAAAGCACCGGCUCGAGUGUGGAGACGUGAACCUGCUGAGGCUCGUGACGAGAGAGACUUAUGGGUGUGAUCGCACCUACAGUUUGUUUUGGUAACCUCAGGUUCAUAGGUAAAUGUUUUAUUUAAAUCAAUACAUUCCCAUUGAUUCUUUUGUACGACAUUGGGGCCUUUUUUUGUACGUUUAGUUACAAUAAGAGAUUGUACAUUAAUUAUGUUGCUACUAACAAGUGCUAUCAUUCCAUAACUCAACAUGAAAAGUCUAUUCUUGUAAUGCAUUGAGAGAUUGUAUACUUUUACACAAAAAAGUAGUUUGUAGGGAGAAAAUUGUUGUAAAUUAUUGUUUUCUAGCCCAGAGUGGCAAGUGACCAGUCUGUUCUAGAAAUCCCACUUAGCUGGGAAAAUAGUUCUCUGAAUGGAAGUAAAAACGUCCUACUUCCCAAACUGAUUAUAUUCAUAUAGUUUUUGCAUUCUUACUGAGACAAUUUCAUUUUUAACAAAACUUACCUUCAAUUAAAGUAAUAAGAGAGAAAAUGAAGACCAAAAACACAAUGUAGCUCAUCACAGAACCUGCUCUGGAAAAAUGCACAUUUAACACAAGGAAAAUUUUCACAUGUAGAUCCUCGAAAACUGUUCCUGAAGGUCUCAUCAUUGUGACGUUUCAGCACAUGGCAGAGGACUUUGUGUAUCCACAUUCCUUCAAUACACCAAAUUCAAUUGUGCUUCAGUGUUUUGUUGCAGUCUCCGGGAUUCCUUUCAACAGUCACCAAAGCAAAAUCAUGAACUUUUGUACGACUCAAAACACAGCUGGUCUUGUAGCUGCAUUGCAUUCUUGUCUAUUUCCUGCCACUUUCCAGAGAAGAACUGUGGUUUCUUUUUGACUCACAGGGAGUGAUAGCAAAACCUGAUGUUUACUGUUUUAGAUCCCUGAAACAUUUUCUGCCAUCAGUCUCCCCUGGAGCUGCUUGAAAUAACUCCAUGUAUUGUCCCAUCUUCAUCUGUAUCUCAUCCUAUUGUACCAAAACCACUAUAAAAGACACUACUAACAUACAUCUGAAUAAAAUGUAUUAACUUUAAUCAGGUUUUCUGCAGGUCUCUGGAAACUAAAUUUAUAGAUUUCAGACCCGGCUACCUGGAACUGAAACUACAUUGUUUCCUGUUUAACUGUGUCAAUAAUAUUAUUGUACCACUAAUCAUGUUCUGUGUUAAUUAAAGUGUGUCUGUCAUUGUGUUGUGAAAGAAAUACCCCUAAUGACAGCAUUUAACUGCUUGUAAUGCCUUAAAUUUGUAAAAAUGGUUCCAUCUGAAGGACUGCAGACGUUACCAGUCAGGUUUGAAGGAUGCUGAAGCCUUACAGAUAGAGGCAGUUGUGGGUUUUGUGCAACUAAGGGAAUAAAUUAAAUACAGACAGAUUACACUGUCGAAAUAAACUGUGGUGUGCCUCAUGCAAAUAAAGAUUCUGUAUAGGUAGAUAGGAAUGACAUUUGUACACCGUGUUUAACAGCGUACUGAAUGUGUUUUGCUCAUUGAAGCCACCAAAUCAGUUAAUCUUUGAGUUUGUAUUCUAAUUAGAUGUGACAUGAGCUUUUUAAUAACUUUUUCCACUAGUCAAGACCACUAAUAGAGUUGUUUUGUAGAGGUAAUAUGAGGUAUUUUUAUUAAGAGUUAGAAAACUGGAGGACUUGAAUGAUGUAAACUGAAGAUGGAGGGUGUGUCUGACUUCACCUCCAGUGUUUUUAGAUUUGAUCAUCUGAGAGACACACAGCUGGAAUGGGAGGCGUCAAUUUUAUGUUCCUUCUCAGUUAAGUGUGUUUCUGAAAGCCAAGACUGCAAUAAUGAUGUAAUAAUAAUAAUAAUGUUGUAAUGCCUUAAAAUGCCAAUAAAAUGUUGCCUCAGGUAUUCA